AUUUUUAAUGUGCUAAAUGCAACAGUGGUAUGAUAUUGAGUUGUGGAGUUGGCAUCACUGAAAUGUUGUGCGAAUAAGUGGCAGCUUCAACUCCAAAGCGUUUGUUUUUUAUCUUACAUGCAUUUUGUUAGUUUUCGGUUUUUGCAUUAUUAAAUUCUACAUUUAUUAACAAAGCCUAUAUUAAUACUAUUUAUACCCUAAAGUUCUCUAACUUAAUGCAAGUGUGAAAAAAUGUCCGACGAUAUUGAAAUAAUUGAUAUAGAUGAAAUAACAGAAACGCCUGCAAUGCCGGUUGCAGAAUCGAUAACCGAACCAGCGCAAAACAAGGAAAAACUUGGAAGUAAAAAUUCUGAAAAUAUUAAUGAAAAUGAAACUGUUGAUGCAAAAAAUAAAACAAAUGAACAGAUUUCAAAUAGUGCAGAUGAAAAAAUAGAAGAGGAUAAUGUUGAUAAUGACAAUUCUGCAAAUGCAAAGAGCGCACAACCAGCUACUGAAAAAGACCAAAACACUUCUAAUGCAAUUGUGGAAAAAAAUGCAAAAGAAAGUGCAUUAAAUAUUUCAGCUGAUAGUCAAGAAAGCACAGGCUUGGUUAUUGAUGAAGACGACACUAAAAGCACAGACAAACAGAAGGAUGAAGACGAAGAUGUUGAAAAAUGUAUUGAUGAUGCUGUAGAACGUGACGAUAAUGUUGUUGAACCAACUAAAGAUGAAGCGCAAAGCAAGGAUGAUGAAUUAAAACACAAUGCUGAUGUUAUAGAACAUACCGGUGAUGUCAUGCAAAACAUUGAUGAGAGCACUAAAGAUGCUGAAGCAAUUGACAAUGAAAGCACAAGCGACAAUAAUGUAGAACGUUCCGACGCUGUGACAGCUGUGGUAAAUUCGGACAGCGUUAGCAAUAACCAAAAGAACUUGGAAAAGAGUGAGGAAAAAGGUUCUUGUGAAGAUAUUAGUGAAGUGUCUGUUGUAACACAGAUAGAUAUUGGUGAAGUGGAAAAGAAUAAUAGUGUAAAAUCUGGUGAAAAUUAUGUGGAGUCUGUAAACACUCAAACUUCCGAAACAUCGGCUUCUAUUAUAGAAAUUAAUGAUGAUAGUGAUGAGGAGAUGCGUACGGAAGUAAACACAAACGCAGACAACAAAACUGACGAUUCAUUAAGUGAAGAAAAAUCAAAAGUCGAUUUAAAUAAAAACAACGAAAUAAAAGUUGGUGACAAUGUAAUAGAUUUGGGCACUGACAAGACUGAGGCUGUAACACAGAAGGACGAAAAAACGGAUUCUUUAAUAAAUGAAGAACCAAAAAUUAAUUCUGCAUUAGAGAAAAUGUCUAAAUCACCUACACCUGAGAAGGAGGACGCUAGCUGUCCUGAAAACGGUGAUGAAAUUUUUUAUAAUAAACAGUGUGUCAACUAUGAGUGUCCAAAAAAACAUAAACAAUUUGUAUUGGCUCCAGUGUUAGUACUUAAUUCUUACAAAAUUACGAAGAGGAAGCGUCAAAAGGAAUUUGUUUGCAUUGAUUGCUACGAUAAAGCUAUAGAAGCUUAUGAACUUCAUGUAUCUGCACUCAGUGCUAAAAAACCCGUAUAUUUGGAAAAUGAUAUUGCUGCUCGUCAAGAAUAUGUCGAAAUUAUCGAUAGUGAUGAAGAUAUUUCUGAUGAUGAAUCCAAACAGGAUGGAAAUGACGAAUGUAUGCCUCAAAACGUAAUUGACACAGUUGAAAAUGAACUUUGCAAUAUAAUUAAAAAGACUCUAAAUGGGUUUGAAAUACAAAAUCAACUCACUUGGACCAGAAGUAUUUUGGAAGCGCGAUUUAAGCGUAUUGCAGAUGAAUCCAAACUCAUUGGCGCAGAAUUACGCGAAUUACAAGAUAAAACUAAUAAUAUGUAUCGUUCACUUUACAGUACACCGAAAGUGAAGUUGCGUGAAAUGCCACCAAUACACUUAAAUACGGAGGGAGAAUAUGUAAACGCUGAAAUGGAGAUUCCUGUUGGAGAAUUGGUACGACAUCCCGUACAAAUCAAUGGUACUUAUUAUGCUGUGAAGAAUAAAGCAAUUGCAAGUUGGGUGCCAUGUAAAAUAAUUGAGCAAGUUGAUGGCAAUGUUGGUUCACAGAAAAAUCUAAAACAUUUUAAAAUAAAAUUCUUAAAGUCACAAUAUCAAAUGCUUAAGACCGUGUCCGCAAAACAUUUAGCAUAUUUUGAUCCUCCAAAAGUGCGUUUAGAUAUUGGUGAACGCGUUAUAGCUUAUUUUAACGCCUCAUCUUUGUCACGUGGGAAAGAUAAGAUGUCCAUACAAAGUGCUUUUUAUCCUGGUAUAAUAGCUGAACCACUAAAACCAAGCAAUAAAUAUCGAUAUCUAAUUUUCUAUGAUGAUGGUUAUACCCAAUACGUACAACAUAAAGAUGUGCGUUUGGUUUGUCACACAUCGGAAAAUGUUUGGGAGGAUGUACAUCCAGCUUCUCGUGAAUUUAUACAGAAAUAUUUAACCCAGUACUCUAUAAAUCGUCCAAUGGUGCAAACCCACAAAGGACAGAAUAUGAACACAGAAUCGAAUGGCAAAUGGAUAUAUGCACGUGUUAUGGAUAUUGAUUGCAGUUUGGUUUUAAUGCAGUUUGAAGGCGCUAAAAGUCACACAGAAUGGAUAUAUCGGGGUUCCUUACGUUUAGGUCCAGUUUUCAAGGAAUAUCAAAAAUCGUUAGAACAAACAACAUCUCCCAAAUCUCGCUUACCAAGACGCACAGAACCAUUUAUACGUUAUACAGAAGAUGAGGAAGCUACGACAAGAAUCUCGGAGACCCGUGCUGUAGCUAAGAAGAGUGUAAGUCGUCAAGAUUCAUACACACAACAAAGUACAUCACAAGCACAAAACAACAAAGUACCGCAAGUACGCCACUUAAACAAUUCAACAAUUUAUCUUGAAGAUGAGAGUAAACCGAAAGGAAAGGUUGUAUAUUACACAGCAAAGCGAAACUUGCCGCCUAAAAAGUUCGUAAAGCACAAUUGUUCUCCUUCUUGCUUGUACAGGGUACAGCACAAUCUCAGCGCAUAUAGUCCAUUAUCAAAACCACUACUCUCCGGUUGGGAGCGUUUGAUAUUUAGACAAAAAUCUAAGAAACUUAUUGUGUAUCGCGCGCCAUGUGGGCGAUCUCUACGAAAUAUGGCCGAUUUACAUAAAUAUUUGCGUAUCACACGGAACGUUUUGAACGUGGAUAAUUUUGAUUUUAGUGCAGAAACGAAUUGUUUAGCUGAAUAUGUUAUUGAUAGUGCGAUUGUGCAGAAACGUGACAUAUCUAAUGGUUUGGAGAAAAUGGCUAUUCCUUUGGUUAACUACUAUGACGGUACACUGCCGCCGGAAUGCGAAUAUGCUGCCGAACGCAUACCAACUGAAGGUGUUAAUUUAAAUCUUGAUGAGGAAUUUUUAGUUGGUUGCGAUUGUGAAGAUGAUUGUUCGGAUAAGAGCAAGUGCUCUUGCUGGCAGCUUACUAUAUCUGGAGCAACAUAUAAAAACCUAAAUGCUAGUAUAGAUGAAAUUGGUUAUCAGUACAAACGGCUGUACGAACACGUCCCAACUGGCAUUUAUGAAUGCAAUUCUAGAUGCAAGUGCAAGAGUAAUUGCCUUAAUCGUGUCGUACAACAUUCUUUGCAAAUGAAGCUACAAGUGUUUAAAACCUCAAAUCGUGGUUGGGGUUUGCGUUGUUUAAAUGAUAUACCGCGUGGUAGUUUUAUUUGUAUCUAUGCUGGACAUUUGUUGACCGAGUCUAAAGCUAAUGAAGGUGGACUUGAUGCCGGUGAUGAAUAUUUUGCUGAAUUGGAUUAUAUAGAAGUAGCUGAACAACUAAAAGAAGGUUAUGAAUCAGAUGUUGAACCACUUGAACCUGAAGAUGAAGAGGAAGAUGAUGAUGCUUACAUGCCGGAAGAUGAUGAUGAAUUUACUCCAAGUAAAGCAUAUCUCUAUCGUUCAAAAGGCAAACCUAAAAGAUCGACACGUUUCAGUCAGUCUGGAACCAAUGAAAAUGAAUCUCAAGAACGACAGGUUAUUAAUUUUGAUCCUAAUGCUGAUAUGGAGGAAACUACUACUAGGCAUUUAUCAAUGCGUAAAUUGUUUGGUAGGAACGAGGCUUGCUAUAUUAUGGAUGCUAAAACUAUUGGCAAUCUUGGACGUUAUUUUAAUCACUCUUGUUCACCAAAUCUAUAUGUUCAGAACGUUUUUGUUGACACACAUGAUUUACGUUUUCCAUGGGUGGCAUUUUUCGCUUCAACUCAUAUACGCUCUGGUACUGAGUUAACUUGGAAUUAUAACUAUGAAGUAGGUGUAGUCCCGGGAAAAGUGUUAUACUGCCAGUGUGGCGCACCAAAUUGCCGUCAGCGCCUACUAUAAAUGAAAUAACAACUAGUGUUAAUUAUAUUCUAAAUUGUAAUAUAAAUAUGUAGCAUAAAAUUUAUUUAAAAUACAUAAUACAGAUUUGAAUUUAAAUUUUAAGUAGUUUAUAGUUACUGAAAUAAUGUGACAAGCGAAAUUUGUAGCAUAGUAUUUUUAAUUACAUUUUUAAC